AUGCUCCACCUCCAGAUGCGCCCUCUGCCUCGCGUUGCCCCCCACACCACCGCUGCUGCGCUGUCCUCCUCUCUCCACCGCCGACUCUCCCUCUCCGCCUCCGCCUCCGCUUCCUCCUCCUCCUCCACCUCCGCCUGCGCCGCCCCAUUCUCCACCGAAGAGUACCUCGUGGCCACCUGCGGCCUCAGCCAAGCCCAGGCCCUCAAGGCGUCCAAGAAGCUCCUCAACCUCAAGUCCGCCUCCAACCCCGACGCUGUGCUUGCCCUCCUCGCCGGCGUCGGCCUCUCCGGCCCCGACAUCGCCGCCGUCGUCGCCGCCGACCCGCUGCUCCUCCGCUCCAGGGUGGACAACAUCGCGCCCCGCCUCGCCGCGCUGCGCGACCGGCUCGGCCUCACCGCGCCCGAGAUCGCCAGCUUCCUCCUGGUCGGCGCGGUGGCCCUCCGCUCCUGCGACAUCACCCCCAAGCUCGAGUUCUGGAUCCCCUUCUUCGGCUCCUUCACCAAGCUCCUCCAGACCGCCAAGAGGAACAGGUCCAUCCUCACCAGUGAUCUCGAGAAGGUCGCCAAGCCCAACAUCGCGCUGCUCGAGCAGUGCGGUCUAAGUGUUUGUGAUAUUGUCAAGCUGUCCACGCCCUGCUCCAGGCUGCUAGUGUUCAACCCGGAGCGGGUGAAGGCGUUCGUGCUGCGUGCCGAGAAGCUUGGCGUGCCCCGCUCCUCCUACAUAUUCAAGUACGCGGUCGGCGUCGCCUGCUCCAUCAGCGAAGACAAGGUUGCCGCGAGGAUGGAGUUCCUGAGGGUCGCCCUUGGUUGCUCCAUGGACCAAGUGCGUGCCGCGGUCCGCAACAAGCCGCACAUUCUGGGAGUGUCCGAGGAGAAGCUUCGUCGCAAGAUAGAGUUCAUGGUCGCCGAGGUUGGUCUGGACCCGGAGUACAUCGUCAAGAGGCCCAUGCUGUUUACCUACAGCCUCGAGAAGCGGAUGAAACCGCGGCACUAUGUCGCCAAGAUCCUGCAGGCUAAGGGACUCAUGAAGAAGAGCGUCGGCUUCCGUCGAUUAGUUGGCUAUGGUGAGAAUUGUUUCGUGGCGACAUACAUCGACAGUAACAAGGACGCUGUUCCUGGUCUUGCUGAUGCUUAUGCAGCAAAUCGUGCUGGGAAAAUGCUUUCUGAUGUCCAGCUUUGAAUGGAGACAUUAAAGGUUCAUCCUAUAUCUCAGGCUCACAGCUAACAUUGCACAGUGUGCACUGAUAUGCAUUAGUUCAUGGUAGUAGGUGCAGAAAUAGUGAUUUGGUCACAAAACUAUGUCAAUCUCAUCUCUUGUGAUGUAAUCCAUAUGUUUCAAUUGUGGAUGCCUGUGAAGCAACUUGAUUGCCUCAGUUUUCUGCUACAACCAA